CAUUCUCAGAAAAAACAGAAGUACCACCAAAAUUGAAGGAAACUGCAAAGGCAGAUGGGCUUCAUUUUUGUGAAAAUUGUUUUCAAUCUGGAACAUCAGUGGAGUUUGUAGCUGGAGAAAGAACUUGCAGCCAGAAAUGUGUCCAUCUGUUUAAAAACAAGGAAUCAAAGGAGGAAAAAGACGUGUCAGAAUGCAGUGACGAAGACUAUUCUAAGGGCGUUCAAAAGAGAAAAAGCAAACUGCCAUCCAAAGGAGAGGUUAUUGAAGAAAAAGAUAAAGAAACAGAAGACAAUGCUGAAGGAAGAAUACUGAGAGUAUCUCAAAGAGCCACACGGAAAAGGAAACGAGAGGUGGCAAUUUUAAAACAAACUUUAAUGUCAAAGGGAAAGAAAGCAUGGAGUUGGUCUUCAUAUUUGGAAGAAGAAAAGGGUACAGCAGCACCUCCUAAGAUUUUUAAAGAGUACCAGUCUUUCCCAUACAACAAAAAUGGAUUCAAAGUUGGAAUGAAACUAGAAGGAGUGGAUCCUGAGCAUCAGUCAAUGUACUGUGUGCUUACAAUAGCAGAGGUGUGAAGCAGCUAGUCCACAUAUUCAUCCAAUUGGAUGGUGUAAAGAACAUAGAAAAACACUUGUAAUUCCUCCAGACUACCCACAUGGCAAACAUUUUUCUUGGGAAAAAUAUUUGGAAGAAACCAGUUCUUUACCUGCACCUGCUAGAGCUUUUAAAGUGAAACUUUCUCAUGGAUUUCAGAAGAAUAUGAAACUUGAAGCUGUUGACAAGAGGAAUCCUGCGCUUAUCAGAGUAGCUACUGUGGUUGAAACAGAAGAUCACAGAAUUAAAAUCCACUUUGAUGGCUGGGAUAGUAUUUAUGACUAUUGGAUUGAUGCAGAUAACCCGGACAUACAUCCUGCAGGCUGGUGUGGAAAAACUGGACAUCCUCUUCAGCCCCCUCUUAGUCCACUGGAAUUAGUAGAAGCUCUAGAACAAGGAGGGUGCCCUACAGCAGGCUGCAGGGGAGUUGGACACAUAAAAAGAGCCAGGCAUAUGGGCCAUCACAG